CAAUUUGAAAGUUUAAAAACUGUUUUCUGCAAGUAAAAAAAUAUUUCACAAGGUAAAAAAGGCAUUUGUGAUUAACUGCUGUAUAAACAAACUGAAUUGAUUGAUUGAUAAAAUCCAUUUUCUGAAAAUAACCUUUUAAAAAGUAAAAAAUAUAUAAAAAAAAUACAAAAUUUGCAAUUUAAAAUAAAUCUGCAAGUAAAAGAAAUAUUCUACUAGUAAAAAACGAGUUGCAAGUAUAAAAGCCAUUUUCUGCAAAAAAAAAUAUUUAAAAAAAACGAUUUGCUACUUUAAAAACUGUUUUCUGCAAGUAAAAAAACAUUUCACAAGGUAAAAAAAGGCAUUUGUGAUUAACUGCUGUAUAAAAAAACUUUGAAUAGAUUUGAUUGAUAAAAUCCAUUUUCUGAAAAUAACAUUUUAAAAAGUAAAAAAAUAUAUAUUAAAAAAAACCAUUAGCAAAAAAAAAAAAAUCUGCAAGUAAAAAAAAAUAUUCUACUAGUAAAAAACGAUUUGCAUGUAUAAAAGCAAUUUUCUGCAAAAAAAUAUUUUAAAAAAACGAUUUGCUCCUUUAAAAACUGUUUUCUGCAAGUAAAAAAUAUUUCACAAGGUAAAAAAAAAGGCAUUUGUGAUUAACUGCUGUAAAAAACAACUUUGAUUAGAUUUGAUUGAUAAAUGGAUGGAUGGAUGGAAAUCCAUUUUCUUAAAAUAACCUUUUAAAAAGUAAAAAAAUAUAUGUAAAAAAAGAAAAAAACAUUUGCAAAAAAAAAAAAUCAAGUAAAAAUAUUCUACUCGUAAAAAACGAUUUGCAAGUAUAAAAGCAAUUUUCUGCAAAAACAAAAACGAUUUACAAGUACAAAAAAAAUUCAAUAAAAAAGCAAUUUGCUAGUAUGUAUAAACAAUUUUCUGCAGGUAAAAAAACAACUAUUCGCGAGUUACAAAAACACUGCACCCCAGCAACAAACAUGCCGUUCAAACCACAAUCAUUUUACUGUUAAACAUUGUUACAUUUACUGUAAUACACCCUUAUUAAAAAAGAAUAUAGUCUACUGUAAAAAAAAAAUAGCCCUUCAGCCACCAGAAUUUUAAUGUUAAAAAAAACACUUGUACUAUUUUUCCAUUUGUAGUAAUACGCUGUAAAAACAAAAAAACAACAACACUGUAAAUGAAACGGUAACAUUGUGGCGACUGAGGUCAUGUGAUGAUCAGAUGCAUGACAGUGUUAUUUAUCACAACAUCAUCAGGCCUGCUCAUGAAUAUUCAUGUCUUACUCCCGGUUACCAGCGGCCCUGUGAGGGCAGACACAACUUCACACCACACUGAUGUGUAACAACAACAAUCAUUAUUCAUUGACCGCCCAUUAUUCAACGCCCGCCGAACUAACCUCCUUUGCCCCGCCCCUCUCCCGUCCAGAUGCAAGGUGUGCCGUCCCCCCCUCCUACCACCACCACCACCACCACCAUCGCUCCCAGGUGCACUCCUCCUUCCACGCCCCCGCCUACGAGCGCCCGCCGUACGAGCGCCCCGCCUACAGCCGCCUUUCGCACGAGCACUCCAUCUACGACCACCCCUCCAACGACCGGCCCCCCCACGGUCACUGGAACGCCCGCCUCCGCGUGAACCCCGGGAAAGCGCUCCACAUGUUGGACCAGGAAGAGGUGCACCCGCUGCUGAUGCGCGAGCGGCGCUCGGAGUCUCACAGGAACAAGCUGCUGCGGCGGACUGUCAGCGUUCCUGUCGAGGGGCGACACCAUCCCGAGAUGGAUCAGCGGCCCCGGCGGAAAAGCAUAGCGACGGGGAAGCAGCCCAGCAUGGAGAUCCCGCCCACUGCCCCCCUUCAGUCCUUCCGACAAUCCGUGAGUAACCCCCCCUGUUCCCGGCCUUACGCGCUGCCCCCUUCCCUCUCGCUGCCCCUAACCCCGGCCCCGCGGCGGCACACAUGCGUGCGGCAGGCAGGCGGCACCCCGCCUCACCCUUUCCCGCCCGCCCUCAGUUUGUACCAGCCGCCGCCGCAACGCAGCCGCCUAGGGGGCCUCAAGAAGGGGGCCAGCACGCCGCCCUUACCCCCCUCCCUGCCCCUGUCCCCCUGCCUGUCCCUCAGCCUGCCCCUCUCGCCCUCCUCCUCCUCCCCCUUCUCGUACUGGGGCGGAGACUGGAGGGCCGCCGGUUCGAGUCCCGUGGCAGGAGGAACACCCCUAGUGGAGAGUUUCCUCAGCAGAAGGUUGAAAGGUUCCAUCAAGCGGGCCAAGAGUCAGCCCAAACUGGACCGAACCAGCAGCUUCCGUCACAUGAUCCUCCCCCGCUUCCGCAGCGCCGACCAGGACAGGGCACGAUUGAUGCAGAGCUUCAAGGAGUCGCACUCCCACGAGUCCUUGCUGUCACCCAGCAGCGCGGCGGAGGCGUUGGACCUGACGCUGGACGAGGACGCGGUCAUCAAGCCGGUGCACUCCAGCAUCCUGGGCCAGGAGUACUGCUUCGAGGUGACCACGGCAUCGGGAACCAAGUGCUUUGCGUGUCGCUCGGCGGCAGAGAGGGACAAAUGGAUCGAGAACCUGCAGAGAGCCGUCAAGCCCAACAAGGACAACAGUCGCCGGCAGGACAACGUGCUGAAGCUGUGGAUCAUCGAGGCCCGCGAGCUGCCCGCCAAGAAGCGCUACUACUGCGAGCUGUGCCUGGACGACAUGUUGUACGCGCGCACCACCAGCAAGCCUCGCACCGACACCGUCUUCUGGGGCGAACACUUCGAGUUCAACAACCUGCCCGCCAUCCGCAACCUCCGUCUUCACCUGUACAAGGAGACGGACAAGAAGCGCCGCAAGGAGAAGAGCACCUACCUGGGCCUGGUCAGCAUCCCCAUCUCCAGCAUCACCGGCCGGCAGUUUGUGGAGCAGUGGUACCCCGUCAUCCAGCCCAGCGUCCUCACCAAGGGGGCGGGCGUGGGCGGCGGCAAGAUCAUCAACGCCUCCCUCCGCCUCAAAUCCCGCUUCCAGACCAUGAACAUCUUGCCCAUGGAGCUUUACAAGGAGUUCGCCGAGUACGUCACCAACAACUACCGCACGCUGUGCGCCGUGCUGGAGCCCGUUCUGAGCGUGAAGAGCAAAGAGGAGGUGGCCUGUGCGCUGGUCCACAUACUGCAGAGCACCGGGAAAGCCAAAGACUUCCUGUCGGACAUGGCCAUGUGUGAGGUGGACAGGUUCAUCGAGCGGGAGCACCUCAUCUUCAGAGAGAACACCCUGGCCACCAAAGCCAUAGAAGAGUACCUCAAACUGAUCGGACACAAGUACCUCAAGGACGCUAUCGGGGAGUUCAUCAGGGCUUUGUACGAGUCGGAGGAAAACUGCGAAGUGGACCCCAUGAGAACGCCCCCUACUGUGCUGCCGGACCACCAAGCCAAUCUGAGAAUGUGCUGCGAGCUGGCACUCUGCAAGAUCGUCAACUCUCAUUGUGUGUUUCCACGAGAGCUGAAAGAAGUGUUCGCCUCGUGGAGAGUGCGCUGCGCCGAGCGAGGUCGAGAAGACAUCGCCGACCGCCUCAUCAGCGGCUCCCUCUUCCUGCGCUUCCUCUGUCCCGCCAUCAUGUCGCCUUCGCUCUUCAACCUCACGCAGGAGUACCCCGACGAGCAGACGUCGCGCACGCUCACCCUCAUCGCCAAAGUGGUGCAAAACUUGGCCAACUUCUCCAAGUUCGGCAGCAAGGAGGAGUACAUGUGCUUCAUGAACGAGUUCCUGGAGAUGGAGUGGGCGUCCAUGCAGCAGUUCCUCUACGAAAUCUCCAACCUGGACAGCAUCAGCAACGCUGGCGGCUUUGAGGGCUACAUCGACCUCGGCAGGGAGCUGUCAGUCCUGCACAGUCUCCUGUGGGAGGUCAUGGCCCAGCUUAGCAAGGACGCCAUCAUCAAACUAGGCCCUUUGCCCCGCCUCCUGAACGACAUCAGCAUGGCCCUGCGUAACCCGCACCUGCAGAGGCAGCCGAGCCACCAGGCGGACCGCAUCCAGGAGCGGCAGGUGGAGCGGCUCCUGGCCCGGCCCAGCUUCAACAGGGGCAUCUCGUCCGAGUUCCAGAAUCUCAUGAUGCGGGAUCUCAACAGCUCUAUAGACAUCACGCGCUUGCCUUCCCCGACCUCCACGGCCGGGGUCAUGCCAUCUCGCCCCCAGAUGAGCUUUCAGGACCGAGACCACCUCCACCGAGCGCCGUCCAAAGACAUGUUCUACGUGUCCCGGCCCCCCCUGGCCCGAUCCAGCCCGGCCUACUGCACCAGCAGCUCGGACAUCACGGAGCCGGACGCCAAGGAUUCCCGAAUGAACAGCGUGUCUAACCUGCAGUCGGUGGACAUGCUCAACUCCUCCCAGGCCUCCAUCGCCGGCAUGGGCAGCUUCGGGGGGCUGAGCAGCGGAGGCGGUGGCGGCCUGGGGUCGGGCCUGAGCAGCCAGCUGAGGGCGGGUGGGAGGUUGUCAGCUGGCUCCGGCGGCUCCAGCAUGUCCGGCGGCCUCCGGCUGAGCCAGCUGAGCCAGAUGGGCACCACCACCGACUCGCUAUCCCAGCUGCAGCAACAGCAGGCCGCCGCCAUGCGCUACCCGCUUUCCUUCCAGAAUCCCCUCUUCCACCUGGCGACGGCCGACGGUCCCCAGCACCACCAGCACGGCCGGGCGCCGCCCCCCGCACCCCUGCUGCUGGCCCCCGAGCCCGAGCUGUCGCACCCGGGCUACGUGCCGCAGUUUGCCCACGGGGGGUUCUCGCGCAGUGAGGACCUGUCCACCCUCAGGACGCGGGACGGACACCUGAGCCAGCCCAGCAUCAUCCACUCGCACAGCUACAGCGACGACUACGGCAGGGCCGAGUACGGACGGCGGCAAAUGUCCAUGCACGUGCAGGACAAUAUACAGCAGCAGCAAAUGAUGGGCAUGGCGUCCCAAACGGGAACCUCCCACUCCUCCUUGGCCGCCACCCCUCCCUCCACGGUCCAACCCCGGGCGGCCCCGCCCCCCGGCCAACGUGUCAAGUCCCAGACGUCGCACCAGCUGUCGGUCAGCGCGGCCGCCGCUCCCGUCGCCCCGGCCAAGUCCCGGCCGCAGAGCGGCAACCUCCUCCAGUCGCCCGAGUCGGUGUACGGCGGGCGGCAGCACGGCGGGCGGCAGCUGUCCGUCAAAGACAACACGGCGCCGGGUCUGCCUCACCAGCAGAGUUCGGUGAGGGAGUCGGGGAGUCCCCAGGGGACCGCCAGCCCGACCGCGCAGCAGUCGCCGCAGCAGCCGGCGCCUCAGCAGCACCUCCUCAAGCCCAACAUGAGCAAACAGGGAUCCCAGUCCCCGUCCACCCUCAACCCCCCAACCCCGGCCAACGAGAGGACGGUGGCCUGGGUGUCCAACAUGCCUCACCUGUCGGCCGACAUUGAGAGUUCCCGCAUCGACCGCGAGGAGUUCAAACUAAAGGAAUACUCCAAGAGCAUGGACGAAUCACGCAUGGACAGGGUACGAGAGUACGAGGAGGAGAUCAACUGCCUGAAGGAGCGGCUGGUGAUGUCCCACAAGAAGCUGGAGGACUACGAGCGUCGGCUCCUCACGCAGGAACAGCAGACCAACAAGAUCCUCCUGCAGUACCAGAACCGACUGGAGGACAGUGAAAGGAGGCUGCAGCAACAGCAAGUGGAGAAAGACUCCCAAAUUAAAGGAAUAAUUAGCAGACUCAUGGCAGUGGAGGACGAGAUACGAGGAGGACCCGUCAUUGAGCCAAAAACCAGGAUUUUCACCAAUCAGGGGAGGCGUCAGUCCAUCCUAGUGCAGCCUCGUCUCGCACCCGUCCCACCCCGAGUACCCAGGAAACCCAGCUUUCCUCCUUGGGUUCAGCAGACCCCGGUGUGAAAAGUGAAGGUGGCGAGGGAGGAGGAGGAGGAGGAGCAGGAACCGCCCAUCAAGACCUCAGGGUGUCUUCCUCCGGGACCCCUUCAGACGCGUCUCGCUACAAUGGCCUCCAAAGCGUAGAGCGCCCCGCUCGGCCUCCGAGUCGUAACGGAGAGCUCUGUGGCGACCAGAUCACGAGAAUGGCGGCCAACCAAAGGGGGCGUGGUCAAACUCAAGCUUGAGAGAAAGAGAGAGAUGCUAAAGGAAAUAAGUUUUUGGCGCACAAACACAAAAGGGCUUCUUUUUCCUUUUGUUCUUCUUCUUCUCGACGCUAUCUAGGGGGCGGAGCUUGAGCGGUUGUUGUCAGUCUUGCAGGACAAGAUGGCGACACGCCUCGACAGUUGAUGGUCAGGCUCUCUUGGUGCCUUCGAGUACUAGAAAGGGCGCUGGUGUUUGAUUGACAGCUCUGUGGCCCGCGUGGGGGGGCGGGCGUAGUGGCGUCCUACUACUUUGCUUCUCCACCUUUUCUCUUCUCAAUAUCAGAACCCAAACUGGUGCUAAACACAAACGAUUGGUUUCGAGUUGGACGUGUUCGCCACAGCGCCCUCUCUGGCGGGACUCGCUCACUGUGCCUCCCCGCUUCUUGUCGCCAUGAUGUCUGUUUGUUGUGUCCAACGUCACGUGUGAUGUGUUCAUAAACCAGGCAUCAAAUAUUCUUUUCACAUGCAAACAAUGGGUGUUGUUCCACUUUGCGGACAACAAACACCUAGUUGGCCCCUAUAUAGUAGGCGGGGGAAGCUUUGGAAACCUAACCAUGCCAUCUCAGUCUCAUUGCUGGGGUGAUGGUUCGAUUCCUGAUUUAAUACCAGUCUUGCAAUGUAAGGGUGCACAAAAAAGUCGAUUCACUUCCGAAUCACAAUUCUUAUUAAUCAUUUUCAAAAUUGUAUCUAAAAAAAUAAUAAUAAUAUAUAUAUAUAUAUAUAUGUAUGUAUUAUGUAUUAUGUAUAUGUAUGAUUCUCAAUCAUCAGGAGAAAAAUCUCCUGAUGAUUGAGGGAACCCCUCAUGAAACAGUUCUGUAGAGAUGAAGUAGUCUUGUGAUUUUUUCCCACACCUACAUAUUGCGCUCUACCACGGUAUCGAGCACUAUUCUCUGGAUAAUCCAAUCAAGACAUAUAUAUAUAUAUGUAUAUAUAUAUAUACAUAUAUAUAUUUAUUUUUUAUCUAUUUGUCCGUAUUGCAAUUCUUAUUCAUCCCAAUACUAAUUUUAUUUAUAGCUUUCAUAAACAGAAAUAGAUACACAAUGGUAUAUACAUGUAUAUAUAUUUGUAUUUAUAUAUAUGUGUGUGUGUGUGUGUGUGUGUGUGUGUGUGUGUGUGUGUGUGUGUGUGUGUGUGUGUGUGUGUGUGUGUGUGUGUGUAUAUAUAUAUAUAUGUAUGUAUACAUACAGUAUAUAUACAUAUAUAUGGAGAGAGAAAGAGAGAGAGAGACCAAAUAUAUGUACAGUGUAUCUAUAAAAAGGCCACAUAAAUAUAUAUAUAUAUAUAUAUGUAUAUAUAUAUGUAUAUAUAUAUAUGUAUAUAUUCUUUUGCCUAUUUGACAUGAAUAGUUGGAUGUGAAUCUGUAUACAUAUAGUGAAUUUUGAAGUGAAUUAUAUUUAUAUAGCGCUUUUUCUCUAAUGACUCAAAGCGCUUUACAUAGUAAAUAUAUAUAUAUGUGUGUAAAUACCCAUAUACACGUAUAUUGAUGUAAAAUAUUAUAUAUACAUUCACUUUUUUUUCCCUGAAGGAAUAAAUAAAGUACUAUCUAUCUAUCUAUAUACAUAUAUACUAUUUAUAUAUACAGUAUAUAUAUAUGUAUAAUGUAUAUGGAUGUAUAUACAUAUAUAUAUACACACAUAUAUACUAUAUAAAAUGUUAUAUGGAUGUAUAUGAAUAUAUAUAUUAUUAUUAUGUUAUUUAUUUUUUUAUUAUAUAUAUCAAACAUUUUGAUGUCAAUCGAUUUUUUUUUUUGUGCUCUCCUAAUAUUUAGGUCUUCACUAAUACACUUCAAAGCUCAGAUGCUUUGUUUAAAGCACCACUGAGUGCUGGAAAACGUCAUACUGCACUAUGGAUAAAUAUGAUUCAUGAUGUGUUUCUCUUUCAUUUCCACCCUUGUCGCCAUCUUCCUUCAUCUUGUCGUCGGCUUGUUCUGUGGCACUUCACACUCCAGGGGGCGCUCUGGCGAGAUGCCGAGCAGGUUUAGCGUGCGCACCUCCUGCACGCACACCCACAAAGUGAGCGGAAACAUAACUGUUGGUCCUUGGCAACGUCAGCCGCUUGUCGCCAUGACAACAGGUCAGUUGGGGGCGAAGGGGCGCCACGCUACGCUACCUGGAAUGAAAACAAAGUGCGGUAGAUUAUGAUUACGGAACUUAUAUUUGUUUUCUUCUAUUAGCACUCACAUUUACUACCUACUCACCCAGUUGCCCUUACAGACACUUUUUCUUUAUUUUGCUAUCAUUCACAAUCCUUUUGCAAGACAAGAACACCUAUGGUUUUUUUUUUUGCAUGCAUUCUAAUGUGUAAAAUAUGGCAUGUAAGAGGUGGCUAAUGGGGUUACACUUUUCCGCCCAUAAGAACUGCUAUAAAAACAUCCAACAAGCGCCAACAAUACUCCAUUUACAUGUCAUGACCUGAAUAUUAGCCAAAUAUCAGCAAUAUUGUAUUAUAAGCACUACCACAGAGGAACUACUUUUAGCCGCAUAAUAUGGCAAUAUAGGCUGCGCUGCUAUAUAGACAUAUUGAGCUGCUGCAUCGUCUCUGAGUUAGUGAAAGUUAAUUCUAGAUGAUAAAUUUAUGGAUAGUAGAAGGUUGUGGACAUAAACCCACAAGUUGGUUAAAUUUUUACAUCCAACCUCGACCCGGAGAUGGCGACACAAAAAGACACACGUUUGCGUCACUUUUUUGUUUUUUACCGAGCUGAGUUGUUGUUUUUUUGCAUCUAAUCGGGAAGAUAUAAACAUCUCAUCAGUCGGCAACCUAGUGAGAGCAGACUUUGUACAGUAAGGGAUUGUUUUGUUAUGUUUAUUGACUCCCAUGAGCCAAAGUUGUGAUGGAAAAUUGUUUAAAAAAUUAUCAAAAGGCAUGAUUAUUACAUGUUGAUAUGACUGUGACUGUGUGUUUUUCAACCUCUGUGCCGCGGCACAGUGUGCCGUGAGAUACAGUCUGGUGUGCCGUGGGAGCUUACAUAAUUUCACCUAUUUGGGUUAAAAAUAUGUUAUGCAAACCAGUAAUAGUAAUCUGCAAAUAAAGUGCCGUUGUUGUCGGUGCUGUCCAGAGCUCGGCAAAGUAACCGUGUAAUACUCUUCCAUAUCAGUAGGUGGCAGCAGGUAGCUAAUUACUUUGCAAACGUCGUAUAUAAUGCUUAAACCAAAAAUAAAAAUAAGGCGGGUGCCCCUUAAAAAAAGGCAUUGAAGCUUAGGGAAGGCUAUGGACAAUGAAACUAAAACUGAACUGGCUACAAAGUAAACAAAAACAGAAUGCUGGACGACAGCAAAGACUUACAGCGUGUGGAGCAGACAGCGUCCACAAAGUACAUCCGUACAUGACAUGACAAUCAACAAUUUCCACACAAAGAAGGAUAGCGUCCGCACAACUGAAAUAGUUUUCAUUGCUAAUACCAAGCAGGUGCGGGGAAUGGCGCUCAAAGGAAGACAGGAAAUUGCUAGAGGAAAAUACCAACAGAACAGGAAAAGCCAGCAAAAUAGGAGCGCAAGACACUACACACAGGAAAACUAAAAAAAAAAACCAAAAUAAGUCACGGCAUGACGUGACAGGCCGGGACACUUACUUUGAGACAAUAGCUACAGUGAUGCAUAGUUUGUUAUGGUUUGAAUUAAUAUCCAACAAUUGCAACAAUUACUUUUUACUGUCAAUAUCAACAACCGAGUUUACAUUUUUUAUGUUUUCUGCUGGUGGUGUGCUUCCGCUUUUUUUUCAAUGAACAAAAGUGUCCCUUGGCUACUAAAAAGGUUGAAAAACACUGGCAAAUAUACUUACAGCGCGGAUAUAAAACGAUGACGGAUCUUUCUUUUGAGCGCUUUAUAGGCGGAAUAGAGGUUAGGUAGUUAGGUCAUUGUUAGCUGGCUUUUGCUAGAGUUUAUUUAUGAUUUAGAAUGCAAAAAAAAAAAGAAAAAAUAUAUGUGUUCUUGUCUUAAAAUAUUUUAUUAUUUAAACGGUGAUAGCAGGUCCAUUCU